CUCUUCCCUCCGUUCCCUUCGCUGCCGUCGUGAUGGGAAGAUUGUCGUCUUGUUUCGCGUUGGUGCUCCUCGCCGCCUCAGGUGGACACACAGACACAACAACACGCCACAGCUAGGCGCUGCACACCCACAUAUGUACCCAUGCUUGCUGCCUGCCUGGCUGGAUGUCAUGUGCGUUGUGCCAGCCUUGCUGCCCGAGGCCUCGGCCGCCACUUCCGCCGCCGCCACUGGCACUGGUAAAGGCCAGCCGCCGCCCAGCGAGUCGAAGCAGCCUGACGUGUCGACCUUGUGCGACUGCUCGACCUUCACCAGCCGUCACCUUCACGACAUCUCCGCCGCCGAGAGAUCACCCAAGUGGUUCGUCGCAUCCGAGUCGCCCGUGUGCGCGACGAGCCACACGGAUGCCGUCAUCGAUGGCAUCACCUUCGCCUCCCCCUGCCUCGCGCUGUGCCAGCAGCAGCACAUCCGCCACCGCGGCAGCUGUGAGGACAUCGACAAUGGGGCCUUCAAGCUGUCGGAGGACUUCACCUUCGUCAGCCUCGCUGACAUCCGCAGGUCCAAGGCCAAAGAUCGGCAGCUGACGCCGGCGGUCGUCCAUCGCUUCCGCUCUGACGGCUACGUGUUCGUCGGGCGCAUCACCGGGGGGACGGUGCCGCAAGACCUGGCUGACGAGGAUGACGAGAAGAACGAGGAGAAGGAUGAGGAGUCGCAGCCUCGCAAGUAUCGGGACGUGAUGAUUGUGCCGGGGGGUGACACCUACGCUCGUCUGCUGGCCAGCACCGACGAGGAGGUGCGCCAGAGGCUCAUGGACAAGGGAAUGCAUGAUGAAGACCAAGGUGGGUCAGCAGGCAGGCAGGCCGCAUCCAUAUAUACCUUCCUUGAUUGCUUGAGGCACUUCCUCUGUUCACUCUCUGCCUGCCUUGCUUCCCAGACAUCCGUGAGGGCAAUGCGUCGCUCCCGACCGACUGGACAAUGAGGCCCAGGCCCGCCCGCGACAGUGACUUCUCUCGCGGUGCCAUCAACAUGACCACCGACGCUCCAGAGGAGAAGUGUGUGGUGGGCGGCGAAAGCCGCACCAUCGGAUCCAAGCAGACGGACUAUCCAUGGCGUACUUCCGGUUUUCUGUCCAUUUCUACGUCGGACGGUGAUUUCCGCUGCAGCGGAAUAGUUGCGGGCAGCCCCAUUACAGGCAUGACCGCCGCCCACUGCUUCACCAACCGCAAGCCGGGAGGCGGCAACGUCUUCGUAGAAAACUUUGUAAGUGAUUCAGUCAGUCAGUCAGUCAGUAAGACAGAGAAGGCGGGCCACCGACCAUCGAUGAAAGGAGCGCUGUUUGUCUGGUCUUUACUUGCCCGGUAUGUACGCACGGGUACGUCUCUCUCGCGUAUCUGCUGACUGAUGAAGAGAGCGAGGUUCUGCCCCGGCCAGAGCGGCUCCGAGCGUCCUUUCGGCUGCGUUUCUGUCCGCCGCAUUACGGUGCCCGGCGAAUGGCUGAGCAGGCGCAACAGACCCCGCGAGUACGAUUGGGGUGUCAUGUUGUUUGCUGUCCCCAUCGGAGCACAGACUGGCUAUGUGCCGAUCGGAAGCGCCUGCAAGCGGCGGCUCUUCACGCCCAAGAUCACCGUAUGGAUGCUCUCCUACCCGGGGUUCGACGACCGCUCAGACCGCCGACGGGUCUUCUUCGAGAAGCGAGGUGGGCAGGCAGGCAGGCAGGCACACACAUGCUCAUGAAUGCGUGCCUUUCUCAAUUGACUGUGUGCUCGAACCAACAGAUGACUUCAACUUCCGGUGCAGGCAGAAGGUGAAUCACAAAUUUGACACGAAUGGCGGAGCAAGCGGCGCCGGCAUGACCGAGUUCCGCAACGGCUACUGGUGGCUGCGGGCAGUACACAACUCUGCGCCCCGUGGCCGAUGCCGAUCCAACACUGCUGCCAAGAUGACCGGCAGAAAUUCGAACCAGGCCAGAGAAAUUAUCGCAGAGCAGUCGUCGUGAAUAUGGGCGGGCGGGCGGGGAGACGGGCAGCCAAUGUGCAUGUGAGAGGGGCGAUGUACAGAUGUCCAGACAGAGGCCAACUUUUUGCUUGCCUGCUUUUGUCUCGCAUAUAUACUGACCCCACAUGCGUUGACAUCUGUACUUGCCCUCUCUGUCAGCGAGAGAGGAGACCCCUUGUGUGAGGCUGGCUGCUGUGCUGUGCUGUCCUGUGUGUGCUGCGGCUGACGGGCUGACUGACUGACUGGCUGACUGGUUGCCUACUUGCAGCACACACGUGUAUGUCUGUCUGAGGAGCGAAAGGGGAACGGACGAUUGUCAUCGCACGUACAUACUUGGGUCAGCGGGGGGCUCUCUGUCUGCCAGAGAGACACCUCCUUAUGUCUGGCUGGCUGUCAAUUUUGGUGGUUACUGCUUUGUUGAGAUUGGCGAACGAUGGUCGGCGCACCUGUGCUCUAAUCUGAUGUUGCCUACAUGGAUGGAGGCGCUGCACGUUCCCGCUCAUGCAUGCCUCCCUGUGUGGUGCGAUGUAAUGCACGGAAAAAUUUUUCCUUCGCCUCCGCGGCAUAUGUCAUUCAUUCAUGCGCACACCCUGAUGGACUGACUGGGUGGUGGUUUGGCUGGCUUUAUGGAUGGAAAGAUAGAUGAAUAGACACAUCCAUGCAUCAUAUGGCCGCUUGUCUGUUUAGCCCAUUUGUCGCAGUCUCGUAUCUAUCGGAGACUUGACAUGUUCGUAGGUUUGUGGAGUCACAUAGGUGGUUAGAUUGCCACCCUUUGUCGCCACCCUGUCUAUCCCCCACUUUGUCGCAUAUGUCUUCUUUCUGUCAAUUGCUUGCGUCGUCUCUCUCGACACCGGAGAUCUGACACCUUAUGUGUGCAUUCUCUCGUACUGUAUAUAGAAACACAGCAGUGUACUGUUUGUCUAUAUUUGUGUGCGUGAGGAUCGGAUCAUACGAGGCGAACGAACGCGCGUCUCCGCAUCGGAAAUUGCCAUAUAGACACUGUAUCAUGCACUGCAUGCAGUUGAAGCACCCCUUCCG